AACUAACACUGAGAGGCGAAGUAACUGCCAGGAAGGCCAGGAUCUGUCUUUGCAAUCAAGGUUCUUUUUUUUCUGCAUCUGGAGGCAUGGGUAGCAAGAAACUGAGACGAGUGGGUUUAUCACAAGAGCUGUGUGAUCGUCUGAGCAGACAUCAUGUUGUUACCUGUCAGGACUUUUUAUGUCUUUCCCCGCUGGAGCUUAUGAAAAUGACUGGCCUUAGUUAUCGAGGUGUCCAUGAACUUCUGUGUAUGGUCAGCAGGGCCUGUGCCCCACAGAUGCAAACGGCUUAUGGGAUAAAGACACAAAGGUCUGCUGCUCUGUCACCAGCAUUCUUAUCUACAACCCUUUCUGCUUUGGAUGAAGCCCUGCAUGGUGGUGUGGCUUGUGGAUCUCUCACAGAGAUUACAGGUCCACCAGGUUGUGGAAAAACUCAGUUUUGUAUAAUGAUGAGCGUUUUGGCUACAAUACCCGUCGACGUGGGCGGAUUAGGAGGAGCUGUUGUGUACAUUGACACAGAGUCAGCAUUUAGUGCUGAAAGACUGGUUGAGAUAGCAGAGUCUCGUUUUCCCGGAUAUUUUAAUAAUGAGGACAAAUUACUUUUGACAAGCAGUAAAGUUCAUCUUUAUCGGGAGCUCAGCUGUGAUGAAGUUCUACAAAGGAUUGAAUCCUUAGAAGAAGAAAUUAUUUCGAAAGGAGUUAAACUUGUGAUUAUUGACUCCAUUGCUUCUGUGGUAAGAAAGGAGUUUGAUACACAGCUUCAGGGCAACAUGAGAGAAAGGAACAAGCUCUUGGCAAGAGAAGCAGCUUCCUUGAAGUAUUUGGCUGAAGAAUUUUCAAUCCCAGUUAUCUUGACGAAUCAAAUUACAACCCAUCUGAGCGGAGCCCUAGCUUCUCAGGCAGACCUGGUGUCUCCAGCUGAUGAUUUGUCCCAGUCUGAAGGUACUUCUGGGUCCAGCUGUGUGACAGCUGCACUAGGAAACACCUGGAGUCACAGUGUGAACACCCGGCUGAUUCUCCAGUACCUUGGCUCAGAGAGAAGACAGAUUCUCAUUGCCAAGUCCCCUCUGGCUCCCUUUACCUCAUUUGUCUACACCAUCAAGAAGGAAGGCCUGGUUCUUCAAGGCCAACAGAGGCCAUAGGGACACUAUGACCUUUGUCUAGAGCUGAUGGGGGCGUGAUUUGUGAAAUGAAACAGGACUGUGCUGCUUGGAAGAAGGAAACGGAAGCCAACAUAAUGGGGAUUAAUUAGUUGAUUGCUGUUGAGAUGGUAACAGAUUUGCCCUCAUACCAUUGAGCCAGCCAUCUCAGACCUAGCAGGGAAGGUGAAGAUGAAGAAGCCUUUGUUCAGUUCUCUAGAUGCGUGGGGCUGAAGGCUUUGCCGCCAUGGGAUGUCAACAGCCAUAAUAAUAAUAAUUUGCACUUAUAUAGCACCUUUCAACCAGGCACCUCAAAGAGGUUUAACCACAUUAAUUAAUUAAAGCCCACAAUCCCCCUGGGGAGAGGAGGAGGAUGACUAACAGGAUUUGUAAUUACAGGAGGGAACAUUUCCGAAUAAAGUAUUGUCCACCAAAUAAAAAGAGUAGGUGUAAAGGAAUUGGGGUCUCCAAAGAGUAACCGAUUCAGAAAUGAAAUCAUGGAAAGAUGGGGGAGGCUGGGGGCGGGUAUGGGUGUGGGGGUUUGCUCUUGUGUCAGAGGGAGGUCGAUGGGUUCAGAAUUCACUGACAGGUUCGGAUCCAGCUGAGAGGCAGAACGUGUAUGGUAUUAGUGGCAUUUGGAAGGUCAUUAGUGGCACCACUAUUGUGGUGUAAAUCGAAGUUUCACUAGUAUAUUGUGGAUAGCCAUGCAGAACAAAGAGUGAGAUUCAUGCAGUAUUUAAUAAAGGAUGAAAUGAUUUCUUUACAUUUAAAGCCCAAAACUGGGCCAGUCAAUUAGCAAAUAAAUCAACUGGUGACCCAUAGGAUAAUUUAGUUGUUUCCAGCAGAACACUCAGCCUAUUCCCUAGUACUGCCAUGACGUUUUCAGACAAAGCUUCGAGGCUGGGUUCAGUGCAAGGCCUGGGGGCUUCAGCCCUUUCAAAGUUGGGCAUCAAAUCUUCCCAGCCUUUGGCUUUGGGACCUCUCUUACCCAAGUUGUUAGUGACCCCCAAGCUGUCCUCUAUAGAGUCACUUUGUACCUGCUCCCCCUUCAGAGAUUUUUAAAUGCCUUGGAGGCUAGAAUCAAGUCUUGUCCUAUCUCGUGCCUCUUAUCAGUGCCCAACAGAGUGCUGUGCACAGAGUAGGUUCAGAUCAGUGAAGAAUGGUGGAAUGACUAAGUCCUUUAACAAUUCAGUAUUUGUUGAGCAUAUACAAGUGCUAAGGUGAAGCUCAAAAAAUAGGAUAUGUGCCCUGUCCUUGGGAACUGUACUACAAGGAAUGGAAAAGACUCAUAUACUACUAACUAUAAUAUAAAACAGAAUA